ACUAAGUAAGUUACUAAGUUAGUAACUAAGUAUAGUACUAAGUAAGUUAUGAAGUUGGUUACCUGGUUUCUUCCAAGGUCAACCAAAGGUCAAAACUAAAGUCAGAUUUGAACUCCUGAUAACUUGUAGAUGGUUUUCAAAAAAAGGUUUGGUCAAUUUAGAGCAAGUUGAAAUUUGACCUUAAAAAUACAGGAAGUCUUUUGGAAACAAUUCUAGUACACUCCUCUCCAAAAGUUUGGAAACAAUUAUAAAGGUACACUCCCCUCAAAAAGUUUGGAAACAAUUUGUAUGCUCAGUGCCAGAAAGAUGCAAGUAUCCUAUCAAGAAAUUGGUUAAAUUCACUUAUAUAUUUAUUGUUAUCUUGAGCUCUUUUUAAGUACACUUUUUAAAUGCAAUAUUCAUCACUGUUUCUUAUUUUCUUUGUAGAUGAGCUUACUCAAAAUGCAUGUCUGAAUCAAGGCAAGAAGUUGAAGGUAUGUUAUGAGCAUGAUAUCAUUUUGAGAAACCACAAGGAUGAACAGAGGCGAGCAAAGUUGUACAGGGAUCCUAAAGCUCAAAUAAAAUGUGGAGCAUUUUACAUGGUUGAUUCCUCUGCAGACAAAUGCAUAAAACGAGAAAGUUCAUCGAAUUGUGAAGUGGAGACAUUGACAGCAUAUGCUGAAUGUGAGGUGGUUUUGUUUACAACGAUUAUUAAUCCUUUGUUAGAGUUAAUGGAUUAAUUUUUACAACUUAGGGUUCUAAUUUUCUUAAAAAAUUAAUUUACAAAUAAAGUUUUUUUUAAAUAUUUGAUUGUAUAAUCUCCCCCGUGCUAUGAUUAACAUUGUGUUAAAUUUUAGAUUUAAUCAAUCAACUCUGUCGAUAGUUGGUUUUUAAUUUAUGUUUUUUUCUCAGUUUUACUCCACCCAUCCAGCCAAUUUGUUGACGUUUUAACUUUGGCAGUAAGGGAUCAACAACUGCAAUCCGUAAACAAUUUCCCCUAAGACCCUCCACAGCAAGAACAUUCCAUAGGUCACAAG